AUGCCGCCUCCGCCAGAGCCGAACAGCGAGGAGAAGUCGAAAAGUCGCAAGACCCAGUGCAAUACGAAUGAAGCACGAUCCAGAAAGAACAAGAGCACGAACGCCUUGGAGUCGGUGCCGGAGAAUGUGAUUGAGAAGAAGACUGUCGUUUACAGACUUGCUGCCGGGGAACUGUUCCCAGACAAGAUCAACCACAAGCAGCAGAUCUACAAGGAUAUCCCGAAUCCGUCGAAGGGAGAUGCUCUCGUGGCGGGGGACGUCAUCAAAGUGAUAAAUGACAAAGAGGUGACUACGAGGAACGUGUGGACCGAAGAAGUGCGAAAGCUGGCCAAAAAGAACGCUACGACCGACUACGAUAUUACGAUCACGUAUUUGCGACUGAUUGGCAAAGUACCGAUUGGGAGCGGUUCGGAAUUCAUUCCGGCUGCUCAUGAUAUAUCGCUCGGCUUCAGCUAUCUUAUCGCCCAUAUGAUCAUGUUCACUAAAGGCCGUCUUGGCAUUGAGAUCAAGGGCUACAAUGGCAAGGUGUAUAUCACAUCUGUCGACAAUGGCGAGAACAGCGUUGGCAAGCGUGUCCUAUGCGUCGGUGAUGCGAUACUGGCUGUCGGGGAGACGUCAGUGGCGAAUCGCCAAACGUGUCGUGAAGCCCUGAAUGAAGCGUUCGAGAACAAAUACUACGCGUGGGUGGUGAUUGAACGCGCCGAGCAAGACACAGCGGCAGCCCUGGUUCGACAGGCGUUGGCCUUCAACAAAAAGAAUGAGCCGGACAUGCGGUUGGCGGACGAUAACCUCGAGAUUUGCGCCAAAGAGCUGUUGGCGAUGAAGGAGCGGGCCAAGUCCAAGAAAAAGCCUCGUUCGAUUGAGCGCGACCCGAAAGCCUCGAAGCGCCGCCGCCGCAAUGAUCUCAAAUUUAGCGAAAAGCUGAAGGUCGAGAAGCCGAUUGAAAUGGAUCAGACGAUCAACCCAGUAUUACUUCGCCACUGCCCUCCGCUGCCCGGAUUCGGCGUCAACGAUUCUGCCACAAAAAGCAACAGCACGAGCAACAGCACCAGCAGCACCAGCAAAAAGAAGAAGGAACCCAAGGGAAAGAGCGGAAAAUCUCCAAACUCGGCCGUCAGCACGAGCAUCCAGGGAAAAGCGAAGGCAGCGAGUCGCAAGAAGCGC